UAUGAACUCUACAACUUACCUUACCAUGAAAUCAUGAAUAUAUUUCGUACAUAACUAGAGGGAACAUAGAACAUUGGAUUUGGAAUUGAUGCAAAACAUGCAAUGAUGCAAUGCGCAAACUCACACUGGUAUUCCACUUCCUACAGGCCUCCAGGAGUAACCCCUAAUCUUAAAACACCAAAUUACCAAACCAGAAUACAAGGAAUAAAAUCCUGUCAUAAAUUUAACAAUGGCAGAAAUUCCUUACUCACUGAGUCAACUCGUUUACUACCCACUGACAAAUCCAUCACCAGCACUUCAAACCCAUUUGUGAAGCACUGCGUUAAGCUUCGCCAAAGCUCGUCUUAUCGUCACUCUCAUGGUUCUGCUCUCGUCGUUGGCACUACCCUUAUCAGGGAAAUUCAUGAGUUUUAUAACUUGAAACAAGUGCAACAAAUGCCAAUAGAAUGUCUAUUCUUGCUUGAUAAAGCUGAGAUUCCUGAAGGAAUAAGUGAUAUUCCAGGGGAUAGAGUGUAUGUGAGCUCUUUGGUGAUGAAAAAGCUUUCUGGGGUUCAAUCAACUGAAUCAAUUGAAGUUAUAGCUCUCAUGAAGAUGCCUAAUUGUUUUAUGACUUUGAAUGAUAAUCAUCUCGAGAUGGAUUGUAUACGUUGGUUUCGUUGUUCCGGCACUCAUCGAAUUCUAGUCCUUGAAGGGAUCCAGGACCCAGGAAAUCUCGGCACAUUGCUUAGAUCAGCCCUGGCUUUCAAAUGGAAUGGUGUUUUCCUGCUUCCUGGAUGCUGUGAUCCUUUCAAUGAGAAGGCACUCAGGGCAAGCAGAGGUGCACCAUUUCAGCUUCCUCUCGUUUCUGGAAAUUGGGCACACGUUGAAGCCUUUUGCAAUGAAGUUAAAGUGAAGAUACUUGCUGGUCAUCCUGAUAGUAGCAACGGACUCAAACCUGUUCAUAAGUUGUCCCCGAAACUUGCACAAUCUCUUGAUGAUACACCAUUAUGUUUGGUUUUAGGCAGCGAGGGUAGCGGCCUUACAGAGAAAGCGAGACAGUUCUGUGAACUGGUAAGCAUACCGAUGGCUAAUAAUUCUGAGUCUCUUAAUGUUGCAGUGGCAGGUGGAAUAUUUAUGUUUAUGCUGCAAUCUGAGUUAGAGAACACCCAGACUUGAUUUCAGAUGCAACUUUCUAGGAUUUGGUGCCUUCUUUUCAAGUAAAAAAAAGUUAACUAAUUGUGUAGGAUUAGUAUCUCCUCAUGCUGAUCAUGUAGGAAUAAACUCUAUCCAGAUCUCUUCAUGCUAAACAGCGCGCUUAUGCACAAUAUUAAGGAAAUUUAUUUCAUGGUAAUUUAGUUUC